AUGUCUCUGCCACUGCUCAAAAAAUAUCUACCCAUCUCUCUCGCCCUGCUCCUUUACUACGGCAGUGCCUCGCGGUUCACGCAUGGCGCAACCUCUACAGCCAGCUUCUACCAGUUCCAGAACGAGCGCAGGGCUGAUGACGGGUCGACUGAGGCCCGUCUUAUUCCUGUCUUCGACUUUAUCCUCGCGACAGCCAUCGUGAUGCCUGGCAUAUCACGCAAGAUUGCAACCUGCUUUGUUGCAGCCACUAUUAGCGGGUUCGCGGCCCAGCGCGUAAUUAAUGGAUUGCCUUGUCAAGGAGACAUAUUUCAGUCCAUUUGGGCUACGGCUGCAGCAUUUGUGGGCUUUAUUUAA